AUGACGUUCAAUCGUCUGAUCAGUGGGAUCUGCGACCGGGAACUUGCACUCAUUUUCACGAGUCACCCACCCGCGGACGCAGAGGAGGCUCUCCAGUUGGAUGCGACACGGCGCACCCAAUUUCCCCUGACCUUGGAACCGCGCAGCGGCAUUCCGGCGAAUACGUGGGGCGAACCGCCAGUUUUACAGGGCCCAGUACGACCGCCCUACGCCAACCCCACCUUCCACAGGCAACCACAGAGACCUUAA